AUGGAUCUGAAAGAUAAGAAAGUGAGUGAAAAACCACAAGAAAAAAUUGAGAAGAAAGAAGAAAAGAGGGAGAGUGAAAAAUCGGAAGAAAAAAUUGAGAAGAAAGAAGAAAAGAGGGAGAGUGAAAAAUCGGAAGAAAAAAUUGAGAAGAAAGAAGAAAAGAGGGAGAGUGAAAAAUCGGAAGAAAAAAUUGAGAAGAAAGAAGAAAAGAGGGAGAGUGAAAAAUCGGAAGAAAAAAUUGAGAAGAAAGAAGAAAAGAGGGAGAGUGAAAAAUCGGAAGAAAAAAUUGAGAAGAAAGAAGAAAAGAGGGAGAGUGAAAAAUCGGAAGAAAAAAUUGAGAAGAAAGAAGAAAAGAGGGAGAGUGAAAAAUCGGAAGAAAAAAUUGAGAAGAAAGAAGAAAAGAGGGAGAGUGAAAAAUCGGAAGAAAAAAUUGAGAAGAAAGAAGAAAAGAGGGAGAGUGAAAAAUCGGAAGAAAAGAUCGAAGAGGAAGUUGCGAAAGAUGUGAAGGAAACGAAGACUAAAAAGAAGAAAAUUUCUGCUAAAGAACCUGUGAAAGAUGUGGAAAAGAAGGUUUCUCAGAAGGAAAUUGAGGUUCCUAUGGAUAUGGGUGCUUCCCCGAUAUAUGACCCACUAGCGGGGUUGGAGUUGUAUGGUGUUUCUUAUAAGUCGAAAAGAAAUCCUGUGCCUGUGAGACAGGCAGUAGAACAGAAAAUUGAAGAAAGUGAGGCAAUUGAGGAGACGCGUAAUACAAAUGAAAAUGAAUCGAGAAGAGAUGACACAAAUGAGGGGAAUCCGAAGAAAAAUGAGAAGAAUGAAAGAGAAUUGGGGAAGAAUGAUGGGAAUAAAGGAGAGUCGAAGAAUGAAGGGAAUGAGAGAGAGUUGAAGAAAAAUGACUCGAAGGAAAGUGAAAAAGAAUCAAAGAAGAAUGAAAAAGAAUCGAAGAAGAAUGACACGAAAGAUAAAGAAUCCAAGAAGAAUGACACGGAAGUGACAAAGCAAAUUACAGAAAGAAAAAUUGAUAAAUCCACAGACUUACCUGAUCAAAGUAGAUCCACUCAAACAAAGUUACAUAGCGGUGAUAAGGGAGUAAUACGCAAACAUUUACAAAGACUUUUUAAAGCUGUAGAUACGAAAGAGUCUAGAAAGGAUUUUAAAGAAUCUAAGAAGGAAUUGCAACCUAAAGAAUCGAUGAAGCCUAAGGAAUCGAGAAAAAGAGAUAAAAAGAGAAAACGUCGUAAGAGGUGUAAAGAUCGUGAUGUUUCAAAAAGAAGAAAACGGAGAAGUCGUUCGGAGAAGACGACUGUAACCGAUGAAGACUUAUACUCAUUGCAGUCAGAAGAUGAGUUACCUCUCGAACCACGCAAGAGGUAUAAAGAAGAAAAAUACGAUGUCUGUCGUGGAAGAUCAAAACCACCUUCAGAAUUUGAGCGAUCAGAAAAUUGGGAAUCACACACGUACUCUCCUUAUGAUUUACACACACUAGAGACACAUCAAUAUCCUGAAGAGUAUCACAGCGUAGACGAAAGUAUUUGUCGCUGUUCAUCAAAUUACACUCAAUCUCUCCGGAAAGAGAUGCCCGAAUUCGAAAUGCCUGUAGUAAGAAAGUACUUGCCAAUGUAUCAGAGUCCAGAACUAAUCGAGGAGUUGAAGAGACACGAUCGAGUCAGGCUGAUUCGAGAAGCUGAAGAACGCAGAGCAAGCUCACCACGUUCAAUUCCGUGUUCCAGAAUGAGGGCUGGAAGUAGCGUCACAUGCGAUUACAUGACACCUAGCAAGUUAGUCAAGGAAGAAGAUACCCUUCCUUACCAGGAGACUCAAGCUUACAAGAAUGUGCUGCGUGAAUUGCGAAAAAGGACCAGUCGCCGGAAGACUGAAGACGGUUCUGAUAGUAUACCUCUGAUUCAGUUAUCUAAGAAAGCAGACAAGAGCAAACAGGUGGAGCUAUUGUAUCCACCUCCAGAUAGAUCGAGCGCUGUGAGGAAGCUUGCCAAAAGAAUAAUCGCACCUUUCAAGCCAGCUCCACAUGAGAAGCAUAGGCAGACUCCCCCGCGUUUCACAUACAAGAAAAAGGGUGCAUUAUGUCGUCAAUGUGAAUUUGACCCACAAGUUUUUACCGAGACAUCUUCUAUUUGCGACUGCAGCGAGAAGACAGAAAAAUCAGAUGCGUUAACAUCCGAUGAAACGACAGAUAACAACGAAUCGCCAGAGCGAGCGAGGUAA